AAUGGGAGCGAUUAUUUUAAGUUCAGAUUAAAUUGUAUAUACUUUUGAUUCGAUGUACGGGCGCAAUCAUCACACUCGGAGAUUGCAGAGAGCUUCAACUGCUGCACUUCUCGAAAACACCAACGAAAGGUUGCCGGUGGCGAGCGACUGCAGCACAGGCCCUAGCGUGCGUUCGUCCAGCUCGAACCCGUUGCAAGCCAGCGCGAGCACUAGUGCUACUAUGAUGGCUUCCAGCCGAGUGCCCAGUCCGCCUCUGCAGGAGGUCAACACACCCGUAGCUGAGAACUGGUGUUACACACAGGUUAAGGUAGUUAAAUUCAGUUAUAUGUGGACCAUUAAUAACUUUAGUUUUUGCCGGGAAGAAAUGGGCGAAGUGUUAAAGUCUUCAACAUUCUCAGCGGGCGCGAACGACAAAUUAAAGUGGUGUCUACGUGUAAAUCCAAAAGGGCUAGAUGAAGAAAGUAAAGACUACCUCUCACUGUAUUUACUACUUGUAUCCUGUAACAAAUCUGAAGUUCGGGCCAAAUUUAAAUUCUCGAUUUUAAAUGCAAAACGCGAAGAGACCAAAGCAAUGGAAUCACAGCGGGCUUACAGAUUUGUCCAGGGUAAAGAUUGGGGAUUUAAGAAAUUCAUCAGGCGAGAUUUUUUACUCGAUGAAGCAAAUGGUCUGCUGCCCGAGGACAAAUUGACCAUAUUUUGUGAAGUAUCCGUUGUCGCAGAUAGUGUUAAUAUAUCAGGGCAAAGUAAUAUAAUACAGUUCAAAGUACCAGAAUGCAGAUUAUCUGAAGACCUGGGCCAACUAUUUGAUAAUGAGAAGUUUAGUGAUGUUACGCUUUCUGUUUCUGGCCGGGAAUUCCAAGCACAUAAAGCGAUACUUGCAGCACGGAGUCCUGUUUUUGCUGCAAUGUUUGAACAUGAAAUGGAAGAACGUAAACAUAAUCGUGUGGACAUAACUGAUGUUGAUCAUGAAGUUCUGAAGGAAAUGCUUAGGUUUAUAUAUACAGGGAAAGCUCCAAAUUUAGAUAAAAUGGCAGACGAUUUACUUGCCGCUGCUGAUAAGUAUGCAUUGGAAAAGCUGAAAGUCAUGUGCGAGGAAGCAUUAUGCAUGAACUUGUCUGUGGAUACUGCAGCAGAAACCUUAAUUUUAGCUGAUCUUCACAGUGCAGACCAACUUAAAGCACAAACAAUUGAUUUUAUCAACACCAGUCAUGCCACGGAUGUCAUGGACACUCCUGGAUGGAAAAGUAUGAUCGGGACUCAUCCUCAUUUAAUUGCUGAGGCUUUUAGAGCCCUUGCUACGCAACAGAUUCCUCCUAUAGGUCCUCCAAGGAAACGUGUGAAACAAAGUAUAAGCUGAAACAACAGAUUGGUUUCGUCCCAGCAUAUGCCAUCUUCUGCUCCAUGCUCUCCGAGUCGACCAAAUAUAUCAGGGCUAUGAUAAGUAUCUUGUAGCAGACGAUGGCUAAGGCAUAGUCCCUUGUGGACGAACAGACUGUUGUGUAACAAAUCGUGAUUUCCCAUGUUGUAACUUAUAAUUUUGAACUCAUUUUUGCUGAAUAGCAGUGUUAAGUGUUUAAUCUCAAAAUGUUGAAGUGCACAUUUCUAUUGUUGAUAAAUAUAUAAAAAUAUUUCAUAAAUUUAUGAUUAAAAAAUGUGAUGUUUAAAUAAUGUGUGAAUUUAUAUCAUAACUCAUUAUGGUUAGUCACAUGAUAAGUGAGUCACACCUCAUUGAAUUGAAAAAGAUAGGACUAUUUAAAAAACAGCUUGGCAAAGCCGAAGCAUCUAAUGUUUUAAGAUUUAUCAUAAUGUCUAUGUUGUAGAAUAAUUAUUCUAGAUUUAAAAAUUUGGAAUAUUAUAUACUCUUAAUAAACUGUGCUUAGUUGAAAUAAAUCCAAUUUUAGCACAGGUGUGUCCUAAAAAGCAUUGAGUGAUCCUGUCUGUGUUAGUCGCAGAAAUCAUGCCCACCACAAUCAUCUUAGUUUUUACUAUUAUUUUCGUUUCAUGUUUAAAAAAGUAUUAUCAAUAAUUUAACAAGGAAUCAUACUAUAUAUCAAAGAAAAUUUAUUGUAUUGAUCUCUGUUAUUCUCAGCACACGGUGGAAUAGAUUCAUCAAAUUUGUCAUGUCUAACAAAAUUGUUUUUACUGUUAAGUAUAUUAUUUGGAAAAUAACUGGAAUAAAAUAUCAUUCAGAUAAUUGUUUCUCGCAAAUAA